GAACUAUCAUUUAUCCAUAUUUUCAAAGAGAAAAAUAUCUGGAAAGAAGAUUUUAUUACGAAAAAUCGAAAAUUUCGACAAUUUUAAUUCGAAUUAUAUUCAAACUUCAUUCAAAUAUACCGAAUGUAUCGAAAAUAUAUAAAAUAUAUCGAUUAUUCACGUGACGUCACGCCCAGCUCACGUGAUCCGCAUCGACCAAUGGAACGAAAGUAGAGGGUGAUCGUCUGAAGAUGGUUGACGUGUUUCGUGUGAUCGUCUCAGGAAACAACGACUUUUUACCUUAAAAGUGAUAUUUAAAAGUGUCUUAAUUGAUCAAGAAAAUAACAUGUAUUAAUUACUGUCGACCGAAUAUAUUUUUCAACAAGAUGAAUGAAAAACAGGACGAGAAUUUACGAAGAGAACCAGUUCCAAUGAAAUAUUAUGGAGCCUGGGAAGUUGGUACGACGCCACCGAAUUGUGUACCCAGGUUGUGUACACUAAAACUUACUCAUCUCACUUUUCUAAAGGCAUUUGCUAGUGAUACAAGUUCGAUAAAUAUAUCAGUGAGAAUGAAGAAUUUCAAACAUAUUUUACGAUCAAGCUCAUUUAUUGUUCCAAAUGGAAGUCUGUUGGAUACUCAGUUAGAUUUGACAUUUUCUUUACAGUACCCUCAUUAUAUAAAAAAUAAUAAUCUUUUACAUAUAAUGCUUCAAAAAAGUAAACAUAAAAAUAGUGCUAUGUUAGGAUUUAAAACACUUGCUGUUGGGGAAAUAAACUUAACACAGGUAUUACAAAGAUGUGUUGAUAAUCAAGAACUUGAACUUCUUUUGGAUAAAGAUAAAAAUGAAGUUAUGGCACGUCUGACAAUUCUUUCUCUAUCAAGUCAACCAAUUGAUCAUGAUGAAUCAGAUAGACAAAAAGUAGCAGAUUCACAGAGAGUUGCAGAAGUUGAUAAUUUUACUGAUGAAGAAUAUAGCUCAAAUGAAGAAGGAUGUGACAGUGAACCAACCAGAGUUGCAGUUUCUGCUCAUAGUGCACAAAAUGGGAGGAGACGAUCUCAUUUUCAAAAAUUUUUAAAUCCACAAAGUUCAGAAUCUCGAUCUGAUACCUCAGAUCGUAACAUCAAACAGAAAUUUGCUGCUCUGUUAAAAAAAUUUAGAGUUCCUGAAACAGAAAGUUUUGGACAAGGGUAUGAUGUUAUUCCAGAACAUGAUCCUAAAAACAUGAGAGAUCUUUUUGAUGAAUCAGAAGAUGUAACAGACAGUGAACCAGAUAUGGAUGAUGACGCUAGCAUAUCUUCAGCACCCAAACCUGGUUUAAGGCCUUUUUUUUCAUCUGGUACAUUAACACAAAGUGAUAAGAAUAAAAUUAUUUCGGAAUUACAUGAAGAUUCGUUAAGAAAAGCUGAAGGUGAUAAUUUUCAGGAAUCUGGUACAGAUCAAGAACAUCCAGAUAGUGUUGUAAGUAGUCCACCUAGAAAUUCAACAACGUCAGUUCAUUCUACUAGAAGCAAAUUGUUUGCUCGAGAAAAAAGUACUUCUACAUCCAAAGAAAAAUCUAGUAUUAAAGAAAGUAAAGAUAAAAGUGGUACAGAGAAAGUUUUAACACCAAGGGAUACUGAGAGCAGUCCACGUAAAAUAGUAUUAGAACAACUAGCAAAAAUAUUUCCAUCAGAUGAAACUAUACCUGAACAUUUUCUGCUUGUGAGUGUAUUGGAUGGAAUUGGUCUCUGUCUAGCACGGUUACUUCAAGAGAGACAACAGUGUGUGGUUGCAACUGCUUCAUUUGCUGACUUGCGUGCUUCUUUAGUUUGUUUAGUCAAUAAAAUACAAAAAUUUUGCUACUGCAAUUCAAGAGCUCCAUCAACAAUAAGGAUUGGAGUGUUAGGACAGGAUAGUUUUGUGAAUUCAGUGGUUCGCCUGUAUGUGGAAUUAUUUUCUACCAGACCUCCAGAAUGGCAAAAUUAUAUUAGAUUUUUUAUAGUUCCUUUAGGAAUUGGUAGACUAGGAAAGUAUUUUGCUAGUGUUGAUGAUGAUUAUGAAGAUAAUUUUGUAGAACAGUCAUGGAAAGAUAUUCUUGAUAAUUGCAAUUUUGAAUCAGCUUCAGGACCAGAUGCAGAGCAAGCUGUUAGUAGAAUUUUAAAUUAUUUAACAUGUGCCAACUCAUUAUUGCAAUUACCCAUAGCGGAGGCAAUGAUCACAUUUAAAGAUAGAAGCUCAGAAGAUGAUUCCUCACCAACAUUUAUUCCUUUUGUCACUGAUGUAAAUAUUGGAAUUAUGGAAGGCUCUCAAACAACUUCAGUGGAUUUAGAGGAACAACCAGGAGUUGUCGUUCCUGGAAGCUCUCCACCAGGGACAACAAUCACGAUCGAUAAAGUUGCUCAUGGUAACACUAGUCCGCCUAAUUCGCCAAACAUGUCCACCACUGCAGUAGGAAACAUAACUUCUCAACCACCGACAGAAGCGAUGGAUCUACAUAUCGACUAUUGGACGGUCACACCCCGAUCUGAAAUGGGGAAAAAACCGGAAAAUAAGUUUACUCUUAAAUCAACAUUUAUCACCAUGCAGGUGUCGCGUCUUCCGGCAUCCAAUGAAACCAGUAGUUCCACACUAAUACUAAAUUACAUCACAAAAGAGAAGAAGAAAAUAAAAAUGCUGACUAAAAAGAAAGAUCCCGAAGGAAGAUAUAUAGUAGUGGAUAGCAUAAAUAGAUUCGUCUGUCUGUCGAGAAAUGUGCAUACUCCAUUAACAGUAACAAUUGAUGGAGUCGACUGGACAGGAGUGAAAUUUUUUCAGCUGACGUCGCAGUGGCAGACACACAUCAAGUAUUUUCCCGUUAACCUGUUCAGAAUAAACGAUCCGCAGAAUUCGAAUUUUGCAACAUGCUCUUAAACUACUUCGUUUUGAUUGUCACCACUUUGCUAUUGUGAAAUUCAUUAGUACAUCUGAGUUAGUAAUUAUUUUAAAACAACCGGUCCAAAAAGCUUUAAAAUAUUAUAUACACUGUUGAAAUAUUUCAUGAGAUUGUUUUGGACCAAAUUCUUAUGCCUAACAAUUAGGCUCACAUUGAAAAGGUUUAAAAGCGUCAUUGCCAAUCCGGAAGUUGGAGUCCCCCAAACACAUUAAGUUCCUUUUGUGUCCGAACGGUUCGGAAAACGUUAUCCGUGCGGUAAAAAUCGACGUCGUUAUUUAUAUGUAUAUGUUGCUAUUUCUGUAGAGAACAUUGUAGAUAUUAUUAUUGUACAUUUAAAUUUAUAAAUUGUGAAAAAACAUGUUCCUU